UAUUCAGCGCUAUGUUGAAUGGAUUAAACAGCUGUACUUCUCAGUCCUCUACACCUAGCGAUGUGGAUAUUAAUAUGCCAGUAAAGGAUGUGGACAUCACAAGAAGGGAUCUGAAGUGUUUGCCCAAGCCUAGACUAACUAUCCGUACAAAGGGUGUUUGGAUGAAAAUCAAAAUGGAGAACCCUGUCAAAAAAACAGAGAUCUCCUUCAAGCUGGGCCAGGAGUUUGAGGAGAUCACAGCAGAUAACAGGAAAACCAAGAGUAUUGUGACCAUGGAGAAGGAUGGAUCCCUGCUACAUGUGCAGAUUUGGCUUGGGAAAAAAACUCUAAUAAGGAGACGGCUGGUGUAUGGCACCAUGGUGGAGGAAUUAAUUAUAGGAAGUGCCAUUUCUAAAAGACAGUAUAAGCGGGCUUGACAAAGGCACCUGAAAUCAUAAUGCUGUUUGAUCUUACCAGAUACUGAAGACCACCUUUGCCAUACUGUCAAAGGACUCUUAACAUUUUAAUCUUUUAGCACAAGACUCUUCAAACAGC